GUCAUUUUUGCGUGGGUGAACUUGAUGACAGCGGGAAGCCGAGCUGGGCGUCUGGCUAUAACCUUCAUGUAUUUAAUCACAACGCUUGCACCGGCUCCGAGCGAACAGGCUCUCAUCAAUAAGAUGCUACCCAAAGAACUGAUUUUGAUUUUCUCUUAUUUGGAUAUGAAAACGCUAUGUCGAUGUGCGCAAACAUGCCGUUUAUGGAAUGUGCUCGCACUUGACGGUUCCAAUUGGCAACGGGUCGAUUUAUUCACCUUUCAGAAGGAUGUCAAGGCAGCUACCGUUGAGAACUUGGCUCGUCGUUGUGGUGGUUUCCUGAAAAAACUUUCACUCAAAGGAUGUGAGAAUAUACAGGAUUCGGCGUUACGGUCUUUCACAGCUAAAUGUGCCAAUAUCGAACAUCUCAGUUUGUACAAAUGUAAACGAGUGACAGAUGCAACUUGCGAAAAUCUCGGAAGACAUUGUCAUAAAUUGGUUCAUUUGAAUCUAGAAAAUUGUACAGCAAUUACCGAUCGAGCCCUUAGGUAUAUAAGUGAUGGAUGCUCAAAUCUGCAGUAUUUGAAUAUCAGCUGGUGUGAUAAUAUCCAAGACAAGGGUGUUCAAAUGAUACUAGCUGGUUGCAAAGGUCUCACAACCCUGAUUAUGAAAGGAUGCGAGGGUUUGACCGAGCAAGUUUUUGCUAAUUCAAUCGAUAACAUGAAAAACUUGGAAGUGAUCAAUUUGCUAUCAUGUUUCGCGAACGAUGAAACAGUAUCACAUAUUUCUCGCGGCAGUCCUCAUCUACAGUAUCUAUGUUUGUCAAACUGUACACAAAUCACCGAUCGAUCAUUGAUUUCAUUAUCACAAGGUUGCAAAAUGAAUUUCAGAGACAUCGAGCUGUCUGGUUGCAGUCUGCUUUCGGAUGCAGGUUUCACACAGCUGGCUAGGCACUGUAAAAAUUUAGCGCGUAUGGAUUUGGAAGAUUGCAGUCUCAUUACGGAUGCCACGAUUCACUCGCUUAGCACCAAUUGUAGUAAUCUGUCAGAAUUGAGCCUUUCACAUUGUGAGCUAAUCACGGACGAGUCAAUUCAUUGCCUUUGUACCAACAACAAGGAGAAGUUGCAGGUUUUGGAACUGGACAACUGCCCGCAGAUUACCGACUCGGCUCUUUCACACAUGCGGCACGCGAAGGCGUUGAAGCGUAUCGACCUCUACGAUUGUCAGAACGUUUCAAAGGAAGCCAUUCAGAGAUUCAAGCAUCAUCGACCGCACGUAGAAAUCCAUGCCUACUUCGCUCCAGCCACACCACCGGCUAAUCCAUCUACAGCCCGUGCAGGUAUCAGCAUUUCUUUAAUAGGUAUUAAUAUAUGA